CGGCGGGGCGGUCGGGCGCGGCGGCGAUGGGCGAGGGCGGGCUGCCCCCGGCCUUCCAGCUGCUGCUACGCGCCUGCGACCAGGGCGACACGGAGACGGCGCGGCGGCUGCUGGAGCCGGGGACGGCGGAACCGGCCGAGCGCGGCGCGGAGCCUGAGGCAGGCGCGGAGCCGGCGGGGGCUGAGGCAGCCGGGCCCGGGGCGGCGGCGGCGGCCGGAGCGCCGGUGCCAGUGGACUGCUCCGACGAGGCGGGCAACACGGCGCUGCAGUUCGCCGCGGCCGGGGGCCACGAGCCGCUGGUGCGCUUCCUGCUGCGCCGCGGAGCCUCGGUCAACAGCCGCAACCACUACGGCUGGAGCGCGCUCAUGCAGGCGGCCAGAUUUGGGCACGUGAACGUGGCACACCUCCUUUUGGAUCACGGGGCUGAUGUCAAUGCCCAGAACCGGCUGGGGGCCAGUGUGCUCACUGUGGCCUCCCGGGGUGGCCAUCUGGGUGUGGUGAAGCUGCUCCUGGAAGCCGGGGCCUUCGUGGACCCUCACAACCACUCGGGCGAGCCACCAGGGAUAGGGGGCAGCAGGGAUGAGCUGCUGGACAUCACAGCCCUGAUGGCCGCCACUCAGCAUGGGCAUGAGGCUGUGAUGCGCCUGCUGAUGGAGUGGGGUGCAGACCCCAACUAUGCGGCCCGGACUGUGGGCUGGAGCCCGCUGAUGCUGGCCGCGCUCACUGGGAGGCUUGGUGUGGCCCAGCUGCUGGUAGAGAAGGGAGCCAACGCCGACCACCUCAGCGUGCUGGAGAAGACUGCCUUCGAGGUCGCACUUGACCACAAGCACAGGGACCUUGUAGACUACCUGGACCCGCUGACCACCGUCAGGCCCAAAACAGAUGAAGAGAAAAGGCGACCUGAUAUUUUCCAUGCAUUGAAAAUGGGAAACUUCCAGCUGGUCAAAGAGAUUGCCGACGAAGACCCAAACCAUGUGAACCUGGUCAACGGGGACGGCGCGACCCCCUUGAUGCUGGCGGCGGUCAUGGGGCAGCUGCCUCUGGUGCAGCUGCUGGUGGAGAGACACGCCGACGUCGACAAGCAGGACAGUGUGCACGGCUGGACAGCCCUCAUGCAGGCCACCUACCACGGGAAUAAGGAGAUUGUCAAGUACCUGCUAAACCAAGGGGCUGACGUCACCCUCCGUGCAAAGAAUGGAUACACAGCCUUUGACCUAGUGAUGCUGCUGAAUGAUCCCGACACGGAACUUGUUCGACUGCUGGCAUCUGUCUGCAUGCAGGUGAAUAAAGACAAAGGCCGGCUCAGCCACCAACCACCCCCGCCCCUCUCGAAGGUCCGACAGCCCUGGAACAUCCCAGUGCUGCCCGAUGACAAGGGCGGGCUGAAGUCCUGGUGGAACCGAAUGUCCAAUCGGUUCCGAAAGCUCAAACUGAUGCAGACUCUGCCACGCGGGCUGUCUAGCAACCAGCCUUUGCCUUUCUUUGAUGAGCCCGAGCCAGCUCUGGACUCCACAAUGAGGGCAGCCCCCCAGGACAAGACAAGCCGCUCUGGGCUCCCUGAUGCAGCCCCCAUGACCAAAGACAAUGGUCCUGGGAGCGUGAGAGGAGAAAAGGAGGAUGCAUUAUUGACAACCAUGCUUCGAAAUGGAGCCCCCUUCACCAGGCUCCCGAGUGACAAGCUGAAGGCAGUCAUCCCCCCCUUCCUACCUCCUUCCAGUUUUGAGCUGUGGAGCUCCGAUCGGUCCCGGACCUGCCACAGCGGGAAGGCAGAUGCCAUGAAGACUGUGCUGCCCCAGAGAGCCAGCAGGGGCCACCCCGUGGGUGGCGGGAGCACAGACACCGCUCCAGUCAGGCCCGUUAAGUUUCCAAGUCUCUCCAGAAGUUCAGCCUCUCCCGCCAGUUCUGGAAACGUGAACCACUCACCACAUUCCUCAGGCGGCUCCAGUGGGGUAGGGGGCGUGAGCAGGCAUGGUGGGGAGCUGCACAGCCGCUCAGGUGGCAGCAUAGACAGCGUCUUGUCCCAAAUUGCUGCCCAGAGGAAAAAAGCAGCCAGAUUAUCUGAACAGAAGUCCAGCCAUCGGUCAAGUCCUGUGGGGCCAGCACCAGGGUCCAGCCCGUCUGAGCUUCCAGUCCCCGCUGCAGGCGGCAACAUUCCCGGUGGCAAGAAACUGGAGACCAGCACAAGGCCUCCGUCCGGAACUUCCACUACCUCCAAAAGCACCUCCCCCACCCUCACGCCCUCCCCGUCACCCAAAGGGCACACAGCCGAGUCCUCAGUGUCCUCCUCCUCGUCUCAUCGGCAGUCCAAGAGCAGCGGGGGCUCCAGCAGUGGCACCAUCACAGACGAGGAUGAACUGACUGGAAUCCUUAAGAAAUUAUCACUUGAGAAAUAUCAGCCUAUUUUUGAGGAACAAGAGGUGGAUAUGGAAGCCUUCCUCACGCUGACUGACGGUGACUUGAAGGAGCUGGGCAUCAAGACAGAUGGGUCCAGGCAGCAGAUUCUGGCAGCCAUUUCCGAACUGAACGCAGGCAAGGGACGCGAGAGACAAAUUUUACAGGAAACCAUUCACAACUUCCACUCUUCCUUUGAGAGCAGUGCCAGCAACACCAGGGCUCCCGGCAGCAGCCCCUGUAUGUGCCCUCCUUCCUGUGGCCGCCAGUGUGAGCUCUCUGAACCCCACCUCCACCUUCACAUAGCCAGGGCCCAGCCCCUGCUCCCAGACACAUACCCCGCUCUGUCACAGCUCUGUGCCUCAGUUGCGUUGCUCCCUCUGCCUGGAAUACCCCUUGUCCCUCUGCUGCAUUAGUCCGUGGUGCUUGUUGCUAGAACAAGCUACAACACACACAGAUUGAGUCUCACAUCACAGUUCAGUAGGACUGCUUCUGGUUGUAGGUGGUUUCACAUCGUGAUUUGGGGACCCAGAUCCUUUCAUCUUGUGCUCCAGGAGCCCCAGAGUCUUUGCUUUUGGGUGACAGCAAGGGUAGUGGAUGGUGGAGAAUGCCUAGUCACUUCUUAACUGCCUCGUCCUUAACUGACAGACACUGGCUCACGCUCCCUUGGCCACCAGUAGUCAUGUGGCCCCACCUGGAUGCAAAGGAGGCUGGGAAGUGUAGUCUCUAUUCAGCUAGCAGCUUCCCAGCAACACUUUAAACUUAGCUGGGGAGCACAUAUUUUGGUGGAGAUAAGUCCGCCUUGCCACAAUUUCCCUUAAAACCUCCAGCCUGUUCUUCUGAUCCAAGUCACCUAUCAGGUGAAGCCUUUCUUGACUCCCUUCUAGCCACUGGGGUCCCUUAGUGCUUUGUAUGUGACUCUGCUCUAGUACUUUACGGCACCUGCUGCAUACAGCAUACAGCAGGCAUGGGGGAUGUGUAUGUUGAGUGCAUUUUUCUUUAUUGUAAAACAGCCUUUUACAUAGGAGAAAUAGAGAAGGCCUGCUAUGUGGACCGUUCUUUCUGGCUUUCAGUUUUCUCAUCUGUAAGACAGAUGUGGGGGGAGACAGUGCUCUGAUAUUCCAUCCAUGCUGCUCACCCCGUAUCACUGUGGGCUUUCUCCACUGCGAGGGGAUCUGAAGACCAAUGUGUCACACUGAAAAAGGACUGUGGUGCUCGAGUUUUCUAGGCAAAGAAGUGUAGAAUUUGGAAUUUUUAUACUAGAUCCUAUUAAUGCUACAUUCCUCAAAAGUGAAUUGGCCUGUGUAGUUUCUGACCAUAUCAUGUUGUAUUAGAGGGGCUCUGACUUUUAAAAGACAGUUGCUUUCUGAAAUGUUUUCCAGUGAGUAAUUCUUGCGGUCAGUGCUUGCUGCAUUUCUGUUACAUGCUGGGUGCUGAGUAUAUAGGGAUAAGCCAGAGCUGGUCUCCAUCCUUGAGCAUCUGGAUGGGCCAGGGACCAGACAUGGAGAGGCAGCACAGUAAAAUGGAAAGAGCUUGCGCUCUGGACUCAGGUUCAAAGUUCAGAUCUGGCUUUCAGUAUCUUAAUUGGAUCUUGGAGCCAGUGUGCAUAAGGUGCUUGAUGUGCAAGAAGUACCCAAUAGAUGGUGGCCUUCACAGAAUUCCAGUCUUUACCAUGAGGUAUGCUGGGCCACGUGUCGGUCUCCUUGGGAGGUACCAUCUCUCAUCUGUCCCUCUCCUAGCCAUGAAAGCCCAUCUUUUUAUGCCAGCUUUCAGAGGCGAUUAUUACUCUACCACCCAGAACUUAGUGGUUCCCUCCUUCUGCCUGAGGCCCAGUGGGUGGUGGUCCUUCUUCAUCCUUUCAUCCUUCCACCCACAGAAGUCAGCUUUCCACAUGACUGAAGAUAAAGCAUUUCAGUUGUGCUAUUACUGACACUCAUCUUUAUAAAGCUUCCUUGGGUCCCAUCCUCCUUUAAGGAGACACAUUUCUUGAUCGCCUACUAUGUGCUGGCAGCUUUACCACAUUGUCAUUUCACCCUCCUUGCCCCCCUGGAGGUGGCCCUGUUUAGCUGCCUCCUGCACAUCAAGGAAAUAGCUGCUUUGGGAGAGGAAGCUGCUUGCCAAUUAAACCAUUCAUAAGGAGCAUAUCUGGGGUUAACGAGGCUUGCUGGCCUCCAAGCCUGUGCCUUUUCCACCAAUUCCUGGAGAUUCUCAAGCUAGAAGCACUAGGGAUUCCCACUGUUUUAAUGUACUAAUAUUUUCAGGCGCUAUCAAUAGGCCUAAAAUUGUCUGUCCCUGAAAUACAUGGCCCUAGGUGUUACAUGCUUUGCAGUUUUGUGCCUGCUUUUCACUGAGCUCCUAUGUUUUGGUAACCUGUGUGUUGAUGUAGCUUCCACUUAGGUAAGUUUGAUUGAGCACCUGCAAUACACAGGUGCUGUGCUGGGGGUCACUUUUCACAAAUGCAAACCUCCAUGAUCUUGUUGGAUGACAGAACAGGGCUUAUUAUCCUCAUUUUACGAACAGGAAGACUGAGACUCCAGAUGAUGGCUUUUCGUGGCUUUUUUACUGGACUCAAAUGUCCGAGGUUUUUUCUCCAGACAGUUGUGUGCUGGUUGGUGAGAGGUUCCUGGCACCCUUUCUGGGCCUUGCUCACUCUUUCCUGGGGACACUUCUCACCCUACAUGUGUCCCCAGGCGUCUCCAAGAGGCUGUCCCUCCAUAAGAAGUACCUCUCUUGCUCGAUGAGUCUCACCAGCAUUUCCCAAAGUGUGCUCCUUGGAACACUAGUUCCAUAGGAUAUUAAUAGGUUUUUCAUAAAGAAAAUUAAGGGGGUAUGUAUGUGAAGUGGGGCAAGGUUCCACGAUCAAGUGGGUUUGGCAGACAUUGGGUUAAAGCUGAGCUGUAUGGUCAUCUCUGCUGCAGGUGUCUCAUGACCUUCAGCAUGCAGGUGGGGUCAGGCCUCUUCAUGGGGCCAUGGAGCUUGUAGCAUUUCGCACACUCAUCUGAUCAUGGAACCCUUCCCCAGGGUGCUCUUGCAAGACACCAUUGGGGAAGCCCCGCUUGACUGGGACAGUAGCAGCCAUGAGCCAUCCCAGCCUUGGGGGCGGGGCAUGGGGUGCCAGAGCACCUCAGCUGGGUCAGGGUCCUUGGUAGCACCCACCCCUGCAGAGGUGGCCUGCGUGGCUGUGAGACAUCUGGGUGGGGGUCCCCUGACUUUGAGAUGGCAGGGACCCUGCUCAUGAGGCUCUCCGUCCUGGGGGACUCCUGCUGGGUGGAGGGCAUGGUUUCCCAGCAUCCCUCCAGAGUCCCGCUGGUGUGUGCUGGGUGUCCAAGCCCCCACUGGCCAGGGCAGGGCUCCUACCUCCUUGCUGCAGUGCCAGACCAUUACAUGGAGGCCAGCUGGUUUUGCAAAGAGACCAUUUACUUUUUCAUUCUUUGGUCCACUGAACAUUUACUGAGCAUCUACCCUGCACCAGCCCCAUGCUUGUGGUCUAAACCCAUGACGGAAAAGAUUCAUCUCUGCCCUCACGGGACCCUUGGUACUGUAGAGGAGACAAGCACAUAGAAAAAUGGUGCAGUGGUAGAGGUGUGUGCUUGGUGCACAGCUUCAGCCCAGCCUGGGCAGGGUUUUGAGGAGAGAACCAAGCUAGGUCCUAGAGGGCAAGUCGGCAUGGUUGGCAGGUGGGAAAGAGAAGGGGACCCCAGACUGGGAACAGCAUGUGCAAAAGCAGUAUGUAACAUUUGUGGGUAAUAUAUUGUCGGGUAAGUUAGAUACAUGUUUUUUUGAUUUUUGGUCCUUUGGAAUGUGUUGGAGCAAUCUGUUAUCCUGGAAAGAGCACUGGAUCUAAAGUCAGACCUAGCACUGGGUUUUGACUCAGCCACUUCUCACUGGAUAAUGGUGGAUAUAUUUCCUCAUCUCUGUGAGCCUCAGUUUCCCUUUUGGUUACAAGGGGAUAGUAAUUCCCAAGGGGCUGAAGAUCAGAUGAAACUGAGAAAGCCCUUUUCACACUGUGGAGCAAUGCAAAUGUGAGAAAUCUCAAAGAUAGUUGCACAUUUUUAAAUCCUCUCUCUCUCUCUCUCUCUCUCUCUCUCUCUCUCUCUGUCUCUCUCUCUUCUCUUCC